GGGAGAGCCAGCAAAUAAACAGAGUGCGCUCACAGUCGUGUAGGUAGUAGUAGUCCGCAUAGUCAGUGCUCCAGCUGCCCGCACCUCGGGCCCUUCGUAUGAAUUUCUAAAACAAGUAAGGGCGCUGGACCCUUCACUGUGUUGGAUUUGAGAAGCGCCAAGAACGAGCCAGCUGUCAAAGAGAGCUUACCCAAAACAUGACGCUUCUUUGUCUCAAAUAUAGGUUUCUCACGAAAGAAUAUUGUCUUUCUUGAAUACAUCUUUGAACUUCAGCCCCGCUGCGUUGCUCAAUAAUCUUCCUCGCUAAGUUUCUGAUUGUUAUAUGCAGGGUUCCGCGCAGAGCCCACUCUCCUGAAACGUCAUUCUCGACAUGCAGCAUCUGGGAUGAAGGGCGUUUUUCAGCCCAAGAACUCGAAGAAUCGUUAGCCACCGUCGCAAAACUUGAACAAAGGGUUGAGCCCUCUGGCCAGACUUGCUAGGACAUGAUGGAGUCUAUCCAAACCUAUGACCAUGCGACUUUCGCAGAUACCCCGUCUCCACGGUCUCAAGCCGUACCAGAUAUUGAGGCGCAUCCCCGUUCACCCCACCGGGCGGUCUCUCCGAACGCCUGGGAAUCCACCUGCCCAGACACAGUGACUGUCCCAGGGCGAGCAAACUCACAAGAGACGGUCAGGCACCGUGCGCGUCGCGCAAAUACUGCGCGGUCAUACCGUCCGGAUACCGUCACCCAUGAUCCGAACUGGCAACCUGGAACAGAACCUGGUAUUGACCCUACCAGACCUCUUCCAGCAUACAAUGCAGAAUGGUUGGCCUCAAUCUCAACGAACCUGCAUCGACGAUGUGAAAUCACAGUAAUAGACUUUUCUCAGAAUGAGAUGCGACAGUACGCCCUCGACAAUGACACUAUCGAGCAGUUCUUGGCGAGGGAGCGGGAGCCGUGGGUUCAAUGCAGGUGGAUCAAUGUCAAUGGCCUUAGCUGGGAUGUCAUUCGAGUCUUGGGUAAUCAGAAGGGUCUGCACAGACUUGCGAUUGAGGAUUUGAUUAACGCAACCAACCGUACGAAGGUGGAUUGGUACUCUGAUCAUGCAUAUAUCGUUCUCACGCUGCAAAAACUGAUCAACCUGAGAGAAGACGAUAGCGACUCAGACGAAGAGGAUGAGGACGACGCUGCCUCGUGGAGGCCGGAGAGAACAGAUUCGACCGCGAGUUCGAAAUCUAUGUCUGUAAGGAGGCAGACCAAGCGAAGAGUCAUUUUAGCCGCUUUGAAGGACCUCUUCCGGCGAAGAACACAAAAAGAUGAAAGCAAAAAUAUGAAUACUGACGGAGCUGGGCCCGGGCCUGGUAUGCACGGAUCUCACUCGAAAACACCGAAAUUCGAUAGGAUUGCCGAUGUUGUUAGUACGGCGCGCAGCAUUCAGCGUUACCGGGGCGGACCGAACGAAGAUCGGAUUACUUUCUUAGAGCAGCAUGCUGUCCUAGCGGCCAAGGGACUGGCUGUCACUCUCGAACAAGUUUCGAUCUUUCUUCACGCUGACAACACCGUGACAUCCUUCUUCGAAGCAAGUGCAGAGGACAUUGAGGCUCCAAUAGCAAGGCGUCUUAGCCAGCCAGAGACAAUGCUGCGCCAGUCAUGCGAUGCCAGCAUGCUCGUCCAGGCUAUUCUGGACGCCAUCAUUGACCUGGCGAUACCGGUGACUACGGCUUAUCAAGACGCAAUUGGCGAUCUAGAGCUCGAUGUCUUGACAAGCCCGGAAAUCGAUCAGUCCAAGAGCUUAUAUAUCUUGACCUCUGAGAUCGCCAUACUUCGCGGCGUCAUGCAACCUAUCGCGACAAUCAUCAAUGCUCUCCGUGACCAUCGUUCUGAGCCAAUGAGCACACCUGGCCUAGGAGCUCUGAAAGCGCCGGGGUUUACAACACCGUCCUCCGGCGCACAACCACAGAUCGAAGUUUCUACACCGAAUCUCAUGAGCAUUGGCGGCACAAGUGUAUCGAUAAGCACCAUGUGCCAUACGUACUUGGGCGACGCCCUGGAUCACUGUUUGACCAUCAUCGAAGGCUACGAUCAGAUGCGACGGGCAGCAGACAAUAUGAUUGACCUGAUCUUCAAUACCAUUGGUGAGUAUCUUGCGAUUUGUUGA